GAGCCUUGAAUCGCGCUGGAAAAUUGCUUCUUUUGAAUAGAGUGGAAGGAGGAACAACGUUUAAUAGGAUCCGAAGGGGAGUCUCUGCUCUUAAACAGGUGGAAAUUGGACGUCCUCGAAUUUAUACAAAUAGUAAGUAUAUAAAACCGUGUGGAAAAGGAGGGAUCUCAUCUCCGAGGAUUAGCAGCUUUUCUCCUGGAAAAAAAAAAGAAAAGAAAAAAGAUUACUGUGUUCUUAACCAAAUGAAAGCAGGGGGACUUAAUACAACUUUUUUUCCCAAUGCGUUUUUAACGAUCAAUAGUAUGUCACCCAUUUUCUUGUGGUUUCAUAUUUAAGUUGCGCAUGUGCCACUCCAUCAAUAGAUGUGUUAGUGAGGACGUGCAGGUUGAUGGAGACGUCUCCCUGUCUCCCUGUCAGGAGGUUUGGGUGCCCCCUGAUGUCAGGAGACAGUGAUCCUUGCUGAGGAUGGGGGGGGCGGGCGCUGCCACCAUGUGACAGCAGCUAGAGAGAGCAGCCGGCUGGUUUCUCCACACAGCCAUCAGACCAUUACAGAGGAGAGUGAGAGAAAAAGACGCGCCGGGUCAGCAGGCAGCUGGAGGACGCGGGUCGGACUAGAGACCGCCAGUUGCUCACACCAAGUUCUGAUCUGCAAACAAGACACAAACAAACAACAACAACAACAACAACAACAAGAUGGCAAGUUCUGCGUCCCUGGAAACGGUGAUGUCCUGCGGUAGGACGGGCCCGUCCGCGGCUCCCAAGACCCUCGCCUUCUCCAUAGACCGGAUCAUGUCCAAGAGCUCGGAGCCCUGCAGGAGGAGCUCUGAGGAGGACCGGUCCGAGGGGAAGAAGCUGCUGGGGCUCUGCAACCCGAUCCCCUGCAUGAUCCCGCUGCAGCCCUUCAGCUACGACCUGCAGGCCAAGGCGCUGAUGAACUACUCGGAGCUGUGGAGAGCCAGUUUCAGGGGCACGUUGUGCGGCUCCGCGGCGGCCGUGCCGUGCAAAGGAGGCUGCGGCAUGUGCGGCAAAGCGGAGCCGGGCGCGAAGCAGCAGCAGCAGCCGCUAGUGACGGUGUCUGGGGGGGGCAGCAGCAGGGUGGUGAAACCUCAGGUCCUCCACCAGGCCGUGGCCGUGCCCAGCGGAGGCUCUCUGUACUAUCUCAACUACCUGGACUCCGCGUACCAGCAGCAGUCGGAGCUGCUGGCCGGACACUGGUUCUCCAGCCCGCAGGCCCAGGCCUCUCUGUCGGCGCACCACAGACUGCUGCUGCUGGAGAGCGCUAAACUGGCCGGGGUUGGGGGGGCGGCCGAUAAGCUGCCGACACCUCAGUACCCGCACAAGGAACAUCUGCCCGGGCAGCUGGACCAGAUAGUGAAGGAGAACCAGCACGGUCUGAGCGUGGAGAAGAGCGGCGGAAAGACGCACAGUAAGCUGAGCGGCAGCAGCGGCGGCACCGCCAGCGCGGCGGACGGGAAACCCAAAAACUUCACGUGUGAAGUCUGUGGGAAGGUUUUUAACGCGCAUUACAACCUGACAAGACACAUGCCGGUGCACACCGGAGCCCGGCCCUUCGUGUGUAAAGUGUGCGGUAAAGGAUUCCGGCAGGCGAGCACGCUCUGCAGACACAAGAUCAUCCACACGCAGGAAAAACCUCAUAAAUGCAACCAGUGCGGGAAGGCGUUCAACAGAAGCUCAACACUCAACACGCACGUACGGAUCCACGCCGGGUACAAACCUUUCGUCUGUGAGUUCUGCGGGAAAGGUUUCCACCAGAAAGGAAACUACAAGAACCACAAGCUGACGCACAGCGGAGAGAAGCAGUACAAGUGCUCCAUCUGCAACAAGGCAUUCCACCAGGUCUACAACCUGACCUUCCACAUGCACACGCACAACGACAAGAAGCCCUUCACCUGCGCCACCUGCGGCAAAGGCUUCUGUCGCAACUUUGACCUGAAGAAACACAUAAGAAAACUGCACGACAGCGUCUUCUCCGCAGCUGCAGAGGCCUCCAGAGAGAGAGAGAGAGAGAGGGAGAGAGAGAGAGAGAGCAGCAGAGCUGAAGCAUGCUGCUAAUUCACCAUAGAACUCAUUUUAAUAUCCCAGCUCGGGACUGUUAUGCCCCCAACAAGACUGGCUUAUAUCCCGCAUUUGUGGCUAUGCUGAACAAGUUUUUGAAAGUCCAGAGAGAAGGUGGGGUAGUCCAAUAAAAUUGGACGUAAUCCCUUAAAAAAGAACAGUGGUAAUCCUAUAAAAUUUAGGAUCCUGGUCCAAGUGCUCCAGCAGUGAUACUGUAGGGAAUAUAGAACAGGUGCUGAAGGUACAACAACACUUCACACUAUAGGUCCCAUAUAUUAUAGGGACUUUGUUCUGCCCAGAUAGACAUUACAAGCAUCAUACACGGGGAGGACUCAUCUGUUUCCAUGAUGGAACUGUAAAUAAUAGGUUAUGAAAAUAGAAAUAAAAAGUUAUUUAAAAUGUGGAUCAUUGCCAUGUUGUGUAUUUCACAGAAAAAAAAUGUUAAUGUGAAUAAAUAAGUUAUAACUUAUGAAGAAAAAA